AUGAAUCAGGAUCAAGAGGUGCCCGCCGCAGCUACGGACUUGGCCAGACUGUCUGGUGAAGAGUUCAGCAGACUCAGUGAACCGCUUCAAACGGUGGCCGCGGGUUACUGUCCCACAGAUUAUUCGGUGACCCAGACGACCAGCGAAGAAAAACUACAUUCUGCCAGGAUGGACCGCCUCCACCUAACUCAAUCACAGCCUAUAAUGCUGCAAUUUCUCUAUCGUAAUCGCGUUACGCCCUACCACCGACUGCACCCCAGCAGCUCCACGUUCCUCGACGUCGACGUCGUCGGCGGCGACGACGACGACGACUCGCCGUCAAGAAAUAUCGAAACGCCGUUAGAAUCGGUUAUUUUGACCUCGCAAAUGAACCACGCGGUUGCUCAGAAUCAAAGGUUAUCACACCUGUCUAGCGCAGGUGAGAUCCGUUAUGAUUUUAUGAAACCUGGCUCACCGAUCACAACAGAAAUAUACUGCAACCAACUGGACGAAAUGAUGCAAAAGCUUAAAGAAAAACAACCUAGAUUGGUCAACAAAUCGACUCCCAUUUUAUUGCAUGAUAACGUUAGAUUGCACACUGCACAAACGAUUGUGACAAAACUACAGGAAUUGAAGUUGGAACUUCUUCAUCAUCCUCCAUACUCAUCAGACCUAGCCCCCACUGUCUAUCGCUUCUUCCACAAUUUGAACAAUUUUUUAAUAGGAAAACAAUUUAAUUCCGACAAUGCUGUAAAACUGGUCUGCCAGGAAUUCAUUGACUCUCGUCCGCCAGGGUUUUAUAUCACCGGCCUGAACACCCUGCCGCUUAAAUGGCAAAAGUGCAUAGACAAUAAGGAGAACGGAAUAUACUCCGCGCAGGAAUACAGGCAAGAACCCUGGCUGCAAGAUGGUGGCAGCUGCGAAACCGAGGACAGCGAGCAAUACGUGCCGGAGUACCACCACGCCAACGUGAAGCAAGAGUCCGCGAACUGCAGGAGGAUCAGCGACGCGAGUUACGCACAGUAUCAGGCUUCUGUGAGCCAUCCACAAAGUAGCACCUUCUUGGACCUGGAUCCAGAAAAUCGCUCCACCUGCUUCGGGGGCAAUAAACUGAGUUCACGAACGAACGAGCCUACGAAAAGCGUCUCUGUGAAAGAAGAGCCUGCGGACAGGGGCUAUGGGGAGCCUAUUGUUACAACUAUACCCACGACGACUGCUCAGGACACUCGGAACAAUCACUCGGGAAUUUUCGGAAUUUUCGGAAAAUUCUCACCGAGCCUGGUGUAUUGCGACUGCAUCUAUGCACUGUACCCGAGAAAUUUCAGGCAGCAAGCUACCGAACAUUCCUUGGAUGGCCAAAUUGAACGGUAUCUUCUGGUGGUCCGAGGAGAACAACGCCGGCGAGCUCGUAGACUCCUGAAACGUUUCUCGCGCAGGCAGUGCGCAUCGUUCGCAGCGAACCGUAGAGGUGUGACACCAGACAACAACCUGGUGUACCAGCAGCAGCAAUAUGCGAGCGGAACGAGGACCAGCAGAGGCUCACCGUCGCCCAACAGACCCGCCAGCACGUCCUCGGCAGCCUCGCAGUGGCAGUCGACUGUCCCGGCGUCCACCGAAGCUUUCUUUCCGCGCCAGGAGAACUGGAGCUCCGAGGUGUACGGGAAAAGAAGCGUGACUCCCACGUGGACCGAGCUGGGCGCUCAAUUAGACGGCAGGAACUCGUCGUGGGAGAGGCAGGGGAGCUGCUACCAGAAAAAGGGCUCGCCGACCUCAUGGAACGCGGACUACAACGGCAAAAGGCCUUCAUCGGUCACCGGAGUGUCGCCUUGGACCGAGAUGACGGUCGGCUACCAGCAGCAGCGGCGUGGCUCCCUUCAGCUUUGGCAGUUCUUGGUGACGUUGCUGGAUGAUCCUGCGAAUGCGCCUUGCAUCGCCUGGACCGGCCGGGGCAUGGAGUUCAAGCUGAUUGAACCGGAAGAGGUAGCUCGGAGAUGGGGUGUCCAAAAGAACCGACCAGCGAUGAACUACGAUAAGCUGAGCAGGUCGCUGAGGUACUAUUACGAGAAAGGGAUAAUGCAGAAGGUGGCGGGAGAGAGAUACGUCUACAAGUUCGUCUGCGAUCCGGAAGCGCUGUUCAACAUGGCGUACGGCACCGGAGGGUCUUCGAGUCUCCCUAGCGAAGUACAGAACGGUGUACGAAGCCAGUCCAUAUCCAGCAAGAUCUCAACCACGAACGACGUCUCCGACUUGGGGAAACAUACCUCCAGUGGCUACGGGGACGCCGUUCUUGCCAUGUACUCCAACACUGCUGCAGUGUACGGAUCGUCCAGCCUGCACCAUCUGCACCAGUACCUGGGCGGCAACGACGGCUUCAAGACCCCGCCGAACAGGUACCACCCUCAUUACUCGCACGAGUACAACGGCGCCCAUCAUCACCCGCCAUCGAGCUACGCAGAGACCUUCCUGAACUACGGUCGCCUGUCCUCCCACGAAACGCCGGCCGAAUCGAGGAGCCAAGAGCUGCCGAGGAUUCCGUACAACCAGGAAACCGAGGGUAUCGGCAGAGAACGGGAGGCGUCAUCGAUUUUGUACGACGGGGUGCAGAGAACGCAAUUGCCGACCGCCCCGGCGAUCUCUCAGCCUACCUUGCUAGAUGCUACCACCACCAGCUCCAAGAUCGAGCAAACCUCGUACGCCUGCCUCGGCGUCGGGAGCUGCGUCUGAAUGGCGAAGACGAAGUCCACCGAGUCCGAGGAGACCUCGAUGGGUUUCAAGGACAAGAAGAAGGCUCUGGACACCUUGAAGACGCUGGAUGGCAGGGACGUCAGCUACCAGUACCACGUGAUCACGAGCUUCGUCAGCCGGGCGAAGAGAACGCUGCAGAUUACCCGGGACGAGGAGAAGCUGGCCAAUCUGAAGGAGGCCCUGCAGGUCUUCGAGGACUGGCUGAACGAUUACAAGGUCAACAACCGCGGCAAAGAGAACCUUGCUUAUUUGCCGAUCGAGACAGUGGGCGGCUUCAGGAUCCUCGCUAGGAAGUACGGCGUUCUGGAGGAAGACUUCUACAAGGCGUACAAGAAGGAGAAGGGCGACUACAAGAGCAUGCGUGGCGUGAGGAUCCAAAAUGGCGGGCCUACUUGGGACAUCGAGAGGAACCGUAGGCUCAAAGAGAUCAUCGAAAGAAUCAAGCAAGGGCAUAUACAGUGGUACGAAACGGACGUAGGCGAUUUCCGUGGGCUGCCUACCAAGGAGCACGUCCAGUGCAUCAUGCUGGGCUACAGUCCGGACGCGACCAAAGUGAAGAAGCUGAUUUCGCAAGUGGAAGAGAAGUUCGACAGCGACGAUAGCGACGGCAUGGACGUCGACGAGAAAGAGAAGAGCUUGAAGAGAGGUCGCGAGAGUUCGAGCAGCAGCGAGGACGAGGAGGACGAGGAGCCGGAGAGGAAGGUUGCCAAGAUGGUCGAGCAGAAGAAGGAGGAGAAGGAGGAAGGUGGUCUCAGCUUCAAGGACAAGGAGAGAGCUUUGCGGAGUAUCAAAUCGCUGGAGGGCAGGGACGUAGCGUAUCAGUAUCACGCGAUCUCCGGCUUGAUGAAGAGGGCGGAUCGGGUGAUAUCGCUCACGAAGGACGAGCAGAAGAUCAAGAACAUGAAAGAGGCUGUCUCGGUGUUCGAGGACUGGGUCAGGGACUACAACCUGAACGGCCGGGCCAAGGAGAACCUCAACUAUUUGUCCUUGGAACUGGUCCGUGCCUUCAAACCGUUGGCUGAGAAAUAUCAGCUCGAGGACAACGGAUUUCUGAAGGCCUACGAAGACGCGGAUGGCGAUUACAAGAAGCUCCGAAAUGUUCAGGUCCCGGAUUCGGACGCUGUCACAUGGGACAUAGAAAGGAACAAGAAGCUCCAGAAUUUGUUGGAGAACAUCAAGGAGACCAGCAGCAAAUGGUACCAGGCCGACGGCGAUUUAGAGGGUUUGCCUACCGAAGAGCACACCAGGUGUAUCAUGUGGGCGUUCAGCUAUGAUACAGCGAAAUUGAAGAAACUUCUGCCCGCUCUGGAGGAAAAGUUGAAGUCAUAAGCAAGAAUAUCCUGUGACGGCAUUUAUUUAUAUUGAGUAACGCGAGUACGUUACUGUGUUGUACAUUACGCAAAGAGGUUUUCGUUAAUCUUUUGUUUGAAGAAGCGUCGGAGACGCUGACGGCAUGAAUAAAAGUGUUAUUUUUCCAUAUA